AUGGACACCUCCCAACCACAUGAAGUCGACGUUGUCGGUGGUGAAGACAACAUCUCCAUCGUCAGCUUCGACGAAAUUGAUUCCAGAGCCAGGUCGACUUCCAGAAAUGUGCCUGUACCUCCGAUGGCGCCGUAUCCCCAUAUGGUACCAUAUUCUCCCACGGUCAGAUCUCCCUGGGACAACCCUGAAAGCCUUUAUCCAAGGCAGGAAACACUGAAGGUCAACGGCAAGGUCCCGGAAGUCCUUCACACCGUCGAGUAUUUUGAUUCGCGUGACCAGAUUAUAAAGCGUCGGCAGAGCACUCGAGCUUUCAAAAACGUACCCCCAUUCUCUCGCAGUGAUGAAGAAGGCGAUGUCGAUGGCGAAAACUCCAAUAACAAGGAGCACCCUGUUUUGGAGAUCAUAACAGAGGUUUAUCCCGCCAGAAGCAACAGACCCUACAACCGGCCUCCUCCUCCUCGCCCCUUACGCAACCAAGACGACAGGCCUAUCACCGAUGUUUUCGAAGGAUAUGGCAGUCGUCUUGACGAUGGUCCAAUCGACAUCGAUCACGAGCCCAAUGCUUAUGCCCCUCGCAUCACCCAGCCUUUUAUGAAUAUACAUUCAGCUCAUCUCAUCAACGCUCUCAAGGCUGUUGUAGCCUAUUAUCCCAAGUUCAGCCUUGAGGGCAAGAUAAUCGAGGUUGACUCCCCUUACCAGGUUCUCUAUCACCACCGGCGAGAGCUUGCACAUUACAAAGAUCACCAGCCGUCAAUCCACAGUCCCGAGUAUGCUGCUACCACUGCUAAGCAUAUUGGUAUUCUGCUCAGUUUUCUGGACGACAACCUCGGCGAAGAAAUCCAUCGUGAGGAGGAACGUCAUCAGCUCGAGACUCCCAGGGCCACUUUUGACCUUUUCUGGCUUCUCCUCAAGCCUGGUGAGGUCUUUUAUGCAAAACGCCAUGACAUUUGGGCUCCGUACGUUGUCAGUAGCGUUAACACUGGCAAAAAUACCAACACCAGUUCACGCGACUCGCACAAGGUCAACUGUUGGAUGCUUGAGACCAAUGGCACAAAAAUAAACCGAUAUAUGCACACCUUCUAUCUUUCUCCAUGGCUUGGUGAGCAAGAGAUCGGAGGGCUUUCUGUUAUCCCGAUUGGCUUUUGGCCUGAGGAUCUGGAAGCUCAAGGUGGAGUUGCAAUGAAAGAGAAGAAUAUUGCACUUGGAAAGUUGUAUUGGGAAUUGCUCAAGCGGCCAACAUACAUGGACUACGAGGGUCUUCUUGUUAACUCUGGUACGACCAACCGACAGUCCCGUGGCCCAACUGGAUUCAUGAGUGGCCGUGUCAUCUGUGACGCUUCUGGAUUUGACAGCUUCUACUACGACGGCCCAGAUGAUAUCCGCCGAGGUCGAUACAGAAGCCCUGUGCGACCAAAUAGUGCAGUUUUCCCGCCCAAGGACUUCCUGCCUAGGAACCUUCCACGCUGUGGAUGCGAUGCUUGUAUGGAUGAUCGCUCGAGUGAAGACCCGGAUGGCCCAUAUACCGGCUUCGAGGAUCUUGACCCUACCCGAAACUCGCCGCCUGAGAGCGAUCUAUUCUACCUCGUCUGUAGCAAGACCAUGCCGGGCUUCAUUCUUGGCGAUCGACGCUGGGGUCACUUGAACAUCGCCAAUCUGAAGCCUGUCAAGACAGACAAAGAAGCCUUCAAGUAUCUUGUUCUUGAUGACGAAGUCAAGAUGACUGUGAAGGCUCUUAUUGGGAAGUUUGCAACUGACCUGGGUGAGGGGAGGGUGGCACCCUGGGGUAACGACUUCGUUAAGAAUAAGGGUGAGGGUAGGAUCUUUCUCCUUCAUGGUGCCCCAGGUGUUGGAAAGACAUGUACUGCCGAGUGCAUCGCUGAGCUGACCAACCGACCUCUCAUUUCACUUACAAGCGGUGAUUUAAGUGUUGAUUCUUACCACAUUGAGAACAACCUCAGCUAUUUCCUCGAGCUGGGUCAACGCUAUGGCGCUCUAGUUUUGCUCGAUGAAGCCGAUAUCUAUCUCGAACGUCGCCGCUCCAGUGACAUCAAGAGGAACGGUCUGGUAUCCGUGUUCCUCCGCGCCCUUGAAUACUACCGCGGAGUUCUCUUCCUCACUACCAACCGCGUUCAAUCAUUUGAUAGUGCCUUCCUGAGUCGCAUUCAUGUCGCCCUGCACUACAAGAACCUUGGCCACGAGGAUCGAGAGCGCAUCUGGAGCCAUAACUUUGACCGCUUGAGCCGAGACUCCAACGGCUUGGUUCAUGUUUCCAACGCAGCUCGCGACUAUGUCUGGAAUAGCGAGGAUGUUCGCAGCCUCAAGUGGAAUGGCCGAGAGAUUCGCAAUGCCAUGCAAACUGCACUUGCCCUGGCUGAGAAUGAUGCAGAGGAAGAGAGCACUGAUAAUAUCGCGAUCUGUGUAAAGCACCUUCGGGCCGUUGUCAAGAUGAGUCGCGGCUUCCGUGACUACAUCAAGCAUUCCGCCCCUGUUGAAGGAUUUGAGGACGUGGUCGUCGAUUCUGAGGAGGACAGUGAAUGA